GGUCAAUUUAAGUUAGGUUAGAUCAGGAUUAUAUUGUGCAAUGUUAUGUUAUGGCAAACGCUCGAUUAAUUUUCGCGAAGUAAGAUGAUAAGAAACUAAAAAAAUGCGUCAAUAAUACGAAUCAAAUACACAAACAACAUUUUGACAGGCGUGUUGGAUUUCCUUAUAGAACUGUCCUAAUAAGAGUGACGGAUAUUCCGUUGUCGAAACAACGACGUAGCGUAAGAAGUUUGGAAUGGAUUAUGCAACGGUUGUCGACGACGCGAUCAAACAAUUCUACUCGAUGGGCAAUGAUGAAGCUCAUUCGUGGCUUUUGCAGGUGCAAGCCUCCCCCGAGGCUUGGCAUUUUGUAUGGCAACUUUUGGAUCCCUCUAAGGAAUGAGCAGAAUUAGAUGAUUACUGACAUUAGUUUUAAACCAAAAACCAAUGUAGCUAUAAUCAGAAAACGAGUCGAAAACAUUUUGAGUAUUUUAACAGUGAUUUAGAAUUAAUUCGUCUUUCUUGACUUGUAUUAUUUUUACAGUCAUCUGAAGUGCAAUUUUUUGCGGCAACAACUUUACAUGCAAAGAUAUCCAAGCAAUGGGACGAAGUGCCUCAAAUCGAGUAUCCAAUGUUAAAAGAACGUUUGCUCAAUAGUAUGAGAGGAACCAACACUCCUAUAUUUGUCUUUGCAAAGCUUUGUCAAGCGUUAGCUGCAUUUGUAGUUAAUAUUCACAGUGCGGAAAACAGGGAAAGAAAUAAAAGUGUAGUCGAUGAAUUGUUUAAUAUUGUACCCUAUUCUCCAUCUGCGUUAGAAUUGUUACUUCGAGUACUUGUAAUACUGCCUGCAGAGUAUAAAAAGAAACAUGAAGUAAAAAGUGCCAAUUUGCGGGAUGCUGUUGUCUACUUAAUUAAUAGCUGGUGCCAAACCGUGUGGCUCCUACAACAAGUCUUUUCAAUAUGUAGUCCGAAUUCUGAAGGUAAAGAUAGCACAUUGUACAUUUUGGGACUGGAAUGCGCUCAAUCAUGGCUCAAGAUCAUCGAUCAGUUACCUUUAGAAACCACUGGCCAAAUCUAUCCUUAUUUAUUAAUGGCUGCAGCUCACUAUGCACCUAAUAGAGGAGAUGACGAUGAUGAGAAUACUAAGAACUGGGAAAUAGUACAAGAUUGUUUAACUAUGAUCGUGACACGUUGCGAACUUCACAAGCGGCCUCAGAUGUUUUGGGAAUGGGCUACUGCUUUAGUAUCGAUGGCGAAACAACACGACAGAAAAUAUUUCUGCGAGAUACUAACUGCCAUCGGAGAGGCUCAUAGCCGAGCGUUUCUCAUCGCUCUCGCUGAGAAUUCUAACGAGACGCACGCGUGGACUGCCAUGCAUUUGAUUGAAUUAUUGUUAGAUUGCUCGGAGCAAAAAGGUCGUUAUCCUACGGAAGAGACACGUAGUUCUAUACCAUUUGGAUUUUGGUACGCGUUACAAGACGAUCUUUCGACGUUAGAUGAACCAUUGGAAAAUCGAGCUUUAGAAGUGUUGAAGCCCAUUUAUUUUCGAUUGGCCCAGGCAUUGUUGCGAAAAUCCACAUUACCUGCAUCCCCGAGCGAGGGAGGAAAUGCGGAAGAACGCGAAAUGUUCAGAUGUUACAGGCAGGACGUGGUAGAUACAUUAGAUUAUUGUUAUAAAGUUCUUGGUACUGAUCUGUUGGCACUUCUUGGACAAAAAAUGAGUCUUGAAAAUUUGGCGUGGACUGAAAUAGAAUCUACAUUGCACGCUUUCAAAGCUUUAGCCGAACGGGUUGGCACUGAGGAGUAUUGUUACAUUCCUGCACUGAUAAAUUUGAUUCUCGUUCGCAUACCUUAUCAUCUUUAUCCUGAAGAAGUAUUAAAGUGCGCCUGUUCAACGCUUGGCGCAUACGCCGAAUGGAUAGGGGAACAUCCUGAGCCUUGGCUAAAACAAGUAUUGCAGCUUGUUACUCAAGGACUGACCAGAGGUUCUACGACGUCACCUUUUGCAAGUAUGGCGCUAAAGGAUUUAAUCAGGGAAUGCGAAUCGCAUCUCGUUCCUUAUGCACCAUCCAUUCUUCACACCAUCAGUCAGACAUUACCAAGCGUUGAGCCCGGCGGUAGAGAAGGUUUGCGACUUAUGUAUGCCGCUGGAAAAUUACUCAACAUAUUGUCUUCUAUGGAAGAGCAAUUAGUGCAUCUCGAAGCGACGUUAGGACUAUGCGUAAUGAAAAUAAAAGAGUUAUUGGAGCAACCAUUAUUUACGGCGCGAGUUGGCGUGAUAAAUUAUUUGAAAAUGGUUACUAUGUUCUUUACAACUCUCCAAGGCGCGAUCGGCAAGGCUGUAUUGGACGGUGUGCUACCGGUGUUCAAUCGAAUUGUCGUGCAUCCCGAGUGGAGCCAGGACAAUGCUACAUUGGAGGCGAUGCAUAUAUGUGCGCAACGAUCUGUAUCGGCAUUGCAACAGCCGGAGAUAGAGGCCCGACCCUUGCUUCCAAUUUUGUUAACUUCGUAUAAGAUCUGGCCGCAUCCGGCCGCGUUGAAUUUAUUGAAACAGCUCGUGCUGCUGUUUAGGAGAGAUCCAGACAACGUUGUAGGCCCGGUGCUCGCGGAAAUGAGCUCGAUAACAUUGAAUGGCGUGAAGGCGUGCAGAUCGGUGCAAGGUGAUUUGUCUGAAUGGUCGGACCUAUUGGAGGCUUAUUUAGACGUGCUCACGCAAAUCUGUAAGAAGAAUACCAGGAUAUUGCUGCAGAUUCCAGACCAAAUACCAGACAUGUUGCAAUGCGGAAUCGCAUGUUUAAUUUUACCAGAGACAGCUACAGCCAAAGCGGCCGGUCAUUUUCUUAGUCACGCGAUUAUGCAAAGUCCGCAUCUACAAACGUUUAUUCAACCGAUCGGACAGGAGCUUGUCUCCGCAAUUUUGCAUUGUGUCAGUGGAGCAGUGCCUCAUAAUAAUUUAGAUCCUCAUGCUGAAGUUUUAUUAGCAUUGAAUAAAACUUGUUCGGAAUGGACUGCGCAAUGGUUACGAAUCGGGCUAGAGAAUCAAAGGAAUCUCGCUACCAUAAUGUUACAAAGAGAAAACAUGACACGUAUUUUAAUGGAGAGAACAAGAGCAACACGACUUUGCGAAGUAUUAAAAGAAAUUAGUAUUCAAUGUCGUCAAAAGAAGGGAAUGUGACAAUAAAACUUUCAAAAUACACGAAAAAUGACACGAAAAACUGAUCUAAGGCAAUUGUUCUGAUCUAAG